CCACACGGUGCCUCCCAGUUUCUUCCUGCACUGAGGGACAGCUCACAGUUCACCUCUGCCCUGAGUUCUGGAAGCCUGGGAGUAUCUGAAGACUGAUCUGGAGAAACUCAACCCUCCUCAGGUUACCUGAAGGAAUGGACCGCCCUUAAGUUAACGCCUCCACUCAGAGGUCUGGGGGCAGAGCUUCCAUAUCGGAGUAGACGUGAAGAGGCUUCCCACUGCUGAAGAGGAAGGCAAAACAACUCGAAUCUGAAGAAAUGAAAUUGCCAAGGACAGUCUCGUUCUGCUUUGUGCUAAUUGUGACGUGUUCUUCAGAAGCGACGUUGAGCGAGAGCAUUCAGUCCAUGGCUCGGCCCUUGAUUCUCCAUGAACAUGACCUAGUUGGAGAAGAGGCAGUGAGGCAGAAACGAGCAGUUGCAGUGAGUGGUCUCAUGGAAGAAGAAUACACUGUGGAAGUUGAGAUCAGUUUUGAAAACAUCUCCUUCCUGGAGUCUGUCAAAGCUCACUUGAACAGCCUCAGUUUUCCAAUUCAAGGAAAUGGCACGGACCCAGCCACAGACAUCAUGAGCAUAGGAAUGACAACAGUCUGCACACCUGCUGGAAACGACCUCUUGUGCUCUUGUGAGAAAGGCUAUGUGUGGCCCCUGGAAAGGUGUCUCCACAAUCUAACUUGUCAAGAGCAUGGUGGUGCCCUGUCAGGCCGCUCCUGCAGUUGUCUGAAAGGACUUCCUCCCCAGGGACCUUUCUGCCAGCUCUCUGAUGCAUAUAUUACCUUAAAAAUCAAAGUCAGACUGAACAUAGGAUUUCAAGAAGACCUCAAGAAUUCGUCCUCUGCCCUCUAUAGGUCCUACAAGACUGACCUGGAAAGAGCGUUCCGAGAGGGUUACAAGACUUUACCAGGAUUCAAAUCGGUGACUGUGACACACUUCACCAAAGGCAGCGUGGUUGUGAACUUCGAGGCCCAGUUUAUAUCCUCACCACUGCCCGGAUCAAUUCACAAAGCCAACGAGCACGUCACACAGAACCUCAACCAGACCUACAGAAUGGACUACUGCUCCUUCCAAGGAACGCCGAGCAAUGAAACGAAGUUCACCGUUACACCGGAAGUCAUCUUAGAGGGAGACAGCGUAGUUCUGGAGUGUGAAAGUGAAAUCGUGUCCUCCAACACGUCUUGGUAUUAUGGAGAGAAACGCUCCGAGAUCCAGAGCGGCGGCAGAUUCUCCAUCCACACCUCGGUCCUCAACAACAUGAGCUUGGUUUCCCGCCUCACCAUUUAUAACUUCACGAAGCGCGAUGCCGGUGAAUAUCGCUGCAAGCUGACAUUGGAUAUUUUUGAAUACGGGGAUGCCAGAAGACUAGAUGCCACUCCCAUCCAGAUUCUGGCCAUGGAGGAGAGGAAGGUGGUGUGCGACAGCAACCCCAUCUCGUUGAACUGCUGCAGCGCGAACGUCGCAAACUGGAGCAAGAUUGAGUGGAAGCAGGAAGGGAAAAUAAAAAUUCUAGGGAUCCCAGAAACAGACGUAGACUCAAGCUGCAGCACUUACACCCUCAAGGCCGAUGGAACCCAGUGUCCCAGUGGGUCUUCUGGAACAACAGUCACCUACACGUGUGAGUUCGUCAGUACCUACGGAGCCAGAGGCAGUAAGAACAUAGCUGUGACGUUCGUCUCUGUAGGAGAUCAUUCCAGCCACAAAGGGGAAGUGCCCGAGGUCCUAAGGCCUGUGACGGAAGUGAGUACAGUUCAGAGCACCACCACCAACAGCCUAGAAACAAGUAAAGCCCAGGAACAGCAAGCCAGCCUAACAAUAACCUCGGACCCAAUUUCUGUUUCUGAGGGACAAAGCUUCACUAUCUCAUGCAGCAGCGACGUGAGUAACUAUGAUGAGGUGUACUGGAACACUUCCACUGGCAUUAAAAUCCACCCAAGGUUUUAUACCAUGAGCAGGCAAGGGGAUCGAGCGGAGUCGGUGCUGACGGUGAAGACCUCCACCAGGGAGUGGAAUGGAACCUACCACUGCAUAUUUAGAUACAAGAAUUCAUACAGUAUCGCCACCAAAGAUGUCACCAUCCACCCACUACCUCUGGAGUCAGAUAUCAUGAUGGAUCCUUUGGAAGCCAGUGGUCUGUGCACCAGUUCCCAUCAGUUCAAGUGCUGCGUGGAAGAGGAGAAAGGGGAAGAGUACUCCGUCACGUUCCACGUCGAUUCCUCAGCCUUUCCUGCUGAGAGAGAAGUCAACGGCAGGCAAGCAUGCUACAAAUACAGCCUCCCAGCAAACACACUCCUAUGUCCCAAAAACAUCGACGUGUUUUGCCACUUUUCCAACGCGGCCAACACCUCGGUCCGGAGCCCGGCGAUGAAGCUCACCCUUGUUCGGGGGGAGAAUAUCACAUGUCGGGAUCCUGUGAUUGGUAUUGGAGAGCCUGGGAAGGUCAUUCAGAAGCUGUGCCAAUUCUCAAAAGUUUCCAGAAGCCCUGGCCAGAUCAUCGGUGGGAUCGUCACUUACAAAUGUGUGGGCUCCCAGUGGAAGGAGGAGAAAAGAGCCUGCAUCUCAGCUCCAAUCAACAGUUUGCUCCAGCUAGCCAAGGCUUUGAUCAAGAGCCCCUCCCAGGACCAGAAGCUCCCUGCGUACCUGAGGGACCUUUCCGUUAGUGCUGGGAAGGAGGAAUGGGAUAUCCGCUCCUCUCCAGGAAGCCUGGGCGCCGUCAUCAGCAUCCUUGAUUUGCUUUCAACAGUUCCAACCCAAGUGAAUUCGGAAAUGAUGAGGGAUGUGCUUGCCACCAUUAACGUCAUCUUAGACAAGUCCACCUUGAAGUCCUGGGAGAGGUUACUGCAGCAACAGAGCAACCAGAGCUCCCAGUUCCUGCAUUCGGUGGAAAGGUUUACCAAAGCGCUGCGGUUGGGAGACAACACCCCUCCGUUCCUCUUCCACCCUAACGUUCAGAUGAAGAGCAUGGUGGUACGACGUGGCCACCCUCAGAUCUACCAGCAGAAGUUUGUCUUCUCAGACUCUGACUUGUGGGGCGACGUCGCCAUUGAUGAGUGUCAGCUGGGAAACUUGCAGCCCGACUCAUCCAUUGUCACCGUGGCCUUCCCGACUCUCAAAGCUAUCCUCGCCAAGGAUGGACAGGAAAAGGCGUCUUCCAACAGCUUGGUGAUGACCACUACUGUCAGCCACAGUAUCAUCAAGCCCUUUAAGAUUUCCAUGACUUUCAAGAACAACCAUCGUUCAGGUGGCAAGCCACAGUGUGUCUUCUGGAACUUCAGCCUCGCCAACUACACAGGGGGCUGGGACAGCAGUGGGUGUUCUAUGGAGGAGGAUGGCAGGGACAAUGGGGACAGGGUCUUCUGCAAGUGUACCCACCUGACAUCAUUCUCCAUCCUCAUGUCCCCAGACUCCCCAGAUCCAGGAUCUCUCCUAAAAGUCCUUCUGGAUAUCAUUUCUUACAUUGGGCUGGGCUUUUCCAUCUUCAGCUUAGCGGCCUGUAUAGUUGUGGAAGCCAUGGUGUGGAAAUCGGUGACCAAGAACCGAACUUCCUAUAUGCGCCACAUGUGUAUAGUCAACAUCGCUUUCUGCCUUCUGAUUGCCGACAUCUGGUUCAUUGUGGCUAGUGCGAUCCAUGACGGUCACUACCCACUCAACGAAACAGCCUGCGUGGCCGCCACCUUCUUCAUUCACUUCUUCUACCUCAGUGUCUUCUUCUGGAUGCUAACGCUGGGCCUCAUGCUCUUCUACCGUCUGAUCUUCAUUCUUCAUGACGCCAGCAAGUCCACCCAGAAAGCCAUUGCCUUUUCCCUCGGCUACGGCUGCCCCCUCCUUAUCUCAUCCAUCACAGUGGGGGUGACGCAGCCCCAGGAAGUCUACAUGAGGAAGAAUGCAUGCUGGCUCAACUGGGAGGACACCAGAGCACUCCUGGCUUUUGCCAUCCCAGCUCUGGUUAUUGUGGUGGUGAACGUGAGCAUCACAGUUGUGGUCAUCACCAAGAUCCUGAGGCCUUCUGUCGGAGACAAGCCCGGCAAGCAGGAGAAGAGCAGCCUGUUUCAGAUCAGCAAGAGCAUCGGGGUCCUCACGCCUCUCUUAGGGCUCACUUGGGGAUUCGGUCUCGCCACAGUGAUCCAGGGGAGUAGUGCCGUGUUCCACAUCAUCUUCACCCUGCUCAAUGCCUUCCAGGGGCUCUUCAUUUUACUCUUCGGCUGCCUCUGGGAUCAGAAGGUGCAGGAAGCUUUGCUGAAUAAGUUUUCAUUGUCAAGAUGGUCUUCUCAGCACUCGAAGUCAACAUCCCUGGGUUCAUCUACACCCGUAUUUUCUAUGAGUUCUCCGAUAUCCAGAAGAUUUAAUAAUCUUUUUGGUAAAACAGCAGCCCCAAAGGUCCCCCCAGGCAAUGAUGGAAACCCUGUUAGCAGUGGCAGUUCAUCAUCCUGAUGGAACAUAUAAUGUUUCCACCCCAGAAACAACCAGUUCUUCUGUGGAAAACUCAUCUAGUGCUUACUCGCUGCUCAACUAGGACCAGACAAAGCCAAAUCCACAGGACCGCUCAGAAAUGGGGCGUGUGCCGAGAAAAAGGGACCCAUCCAAAUCUGUGGGUAAAGUGUUCUCUCCGCAGACUUCUGCAGCAGACACUGAAGAGAGUCUUUCAGUAUAGAAGACACUUUCUUCUGUAAGGACAGACUAAAGCAAUUGCCGUGUUUAUUUUUGUUCCCACCCCCAUCCGUUGUGUAAUGCCAACCAUGUAUAGUAUUUAAAAGAAACCCCACAAGGCCCAACUUUUCUAUAUGUAUUGUAAAAUAGAAUUUUGAAGAGAGUUUUUCAGCCCACCCUACCCUACCCCACCCAUUGACUACAAAGGUCAGUGUUGACUGGAACUGUAAAUAAAAGCAAGUACUCAGGA